AUGUUAAAGGACUGGUGGGCCAUUGUUCGAGAUGAUCACUCGACUUCGAGUUUAUCUGUUGACCAUAUCUCUCUUGAGUUUACUAUUCUCCAUUUCUGCAUUAGAUCACUUUCUAAUCUAAUCCCUUCCCUUUUCUCUAAAUCCAUCAUUCUAAACCCCAUCUUCCUAUUCUCUAUUUUUCACUUUUUCUCCACUUUUCCCUUCUCCAUUAUCGCGCGAACAUUUCAUCUAACCAUGCAACGGGAGUUUGCACAGUUCUUGAUAGCGGCCACCGUUUCGUCUGUGAUUCGAGAUUCCGCCGUCAAGCAAGGCGAAGAAGUAGAAGCUGACGUUUCUGACUUUAUUACGGCGUUCAAUCAGCUAGCACAAAAGUAUGACGAAAAGUUCCACAAUGGUGGAAAAACAAAAAUUAUCUUGGACAGAACUGGUCUAAGUAGAGCGCUCAAAGAACACAAUAUGGAGUCUAUAAUGCUGAUGAGACAGGGCAAGGUUCGAAUACAAGCAGGAGACGACGAUUUCGACGAAAAAUUCCAGGCUUUUGUGGUGGAACACACCAUGAACUACCUUCAAUUAGUGAAAAAAGCCGUGUCAGAUUUACCAAAAAUGUACAGAAGCCAGCAAGAAAUCAAGCUUGAGCUACAGAGGAAAGAUGAGGAAAAAGAAGCGGAAGAGAAAAAAGAGAAAAACGAAGUGGAAGAAGAAGAGGAAGCGAAAAACGACGAGGAAGAAGAAAUCGAAAAAGAGGAAAUGGAAAAAGAAGAAAAGGAAGACGAAAACGAAGACGAAAACGAAGACGAAAACGAAAGUUACAACGAAGACGAAGACGAAAAUGAAGACGAGGAAAGUACUCCCGCUCCAGAAACUCCACUUCCCGAAACCCCAGGCGACUCAAACUCCACCAAACAAACUCCAGUUUCUACCCCCUCUCGAAAGCGGUCGUUGUCGCCAGGAUCGGUGUCGUCUCAGCGCAAACGGUUCCAGAACAUUGCUGUAAAUCUUAUCAACAGUAUUCAGGCACACCGAUUUUCUUCGCCUUUUCUUCAGCCGGUCAAUAAAAGAUCCGCUCCCGAUUACCACAAGUGCAUUUACCAGCCAAAAGACCUAAAGGGCAUUCUACGAGCUGUCAAACUGAAACAAAACCCACCGGCUUAUGGCCUGGUUAAAGAGCUAGAGCGCGAUAUUAUGCUCAUGUUCGCCAACUGUGUCAUGUUCAACAAGUCUGACGGAGACUUGGUGGAGCUCACGAGAAGCAUGAGCAGCGACGUGGCGAACAUGUUCAAGAUGUUUGAGGAAGCAGAGCUGGACUUGUAA